AGGGCUCGAGCCGGGGAGCCGGCCGACGUCUCAGGGCUCGAGCUGGGCUGCCGGCCGACGUCACUGCUGGGCUCGGGCCGGGGAACCCCAGAGUGGAACGUGGGCCCGGCCGACGUCUGCGGGCUGGAGCUGCGCGGCCCCAGGGUGGGGGAAUAAACAAAGGCUCUGCCUCCUCGAUGCUCGCCCGCUCCUACUUAGUCAGUCUCUUUGCAAAAUGCCGGAGGGUGGACUUGGACGCCAGCAGAACUCCGAAGCGCUUUUCAAACCCGUUGCUGCUGGGGGACAGCUGGAGAAAGUGGCCGGGUUGUACGUGUUCCAUUGCACUCGUAGCACGGGGCUGCUUGAGUUUGCACCUGACUCCCGGACGCUCUGCAAUAAAUUUGCCAGAUUUAGAAGGUGAAAGGUCAGCACACUUGGAACCCACAGCCAAGCGUUGUGGUGAAAACUUACACUCCGAGGGUGCAUUAUCUCAUCGUGUCACAAGAACGGAAUCCCUCAGUAAAUGCAAGUGUUUCAAAUCCACGAAAUAUUUAGAAAGUACCAUUCAUUUUUAUUAUUUAAUCUUUUUAGGACAUAAUUCUGUUCUACUUAAAAGGGAGUUUUUAGCACUUGUUUUUAUACUGCGUGAAACAGAGGUUGGGAGCUCUGCAACAGACUUGCCUUCACUUUCUGUUGGGAGCAUGGAAGCAGUGCGAGCAGAGACUUUGGAAGAAGAUAACUGUAGCAUCAAAAUGGAAUGCAAUCAACAAAGUAUUGAGAAACUUUUGUCAGUGAUAACCCCUUACUCAAAUAUCGCCUGCGGAAAGGAUUCGCCAGCUAACACGGAAAGCUUAUCGAAUGAAAAUACUGCAGAGCUUCUGAGAAAUGAUGGUCUUGAAGGGCCACAAGAGGCAGCAAAUGCUAAAAGGAAGAGACCAAAAUGGCGAAAGAGGAAGAAAACCCGAUCUGCUGCAGAGAAAGAAGUCCAUAAUCUUCUUGCAGAGCUCCCAUUUCCGGACGCAAAGAUCAGGGAAGAAUAUGGAUUCUCUAAAUCCCCUGCAAAGAAUUCAAAGAAAACGAGAAAGCGUACUUUAGGUGGGGAGAACGAUGAUGGCACAGGGCAAAUAAAGAAAAAAAAGGCGCAUCCAAACUAUUUUGUAUCUAUACCAAUAACCAACCCAAAGAUUAUAGGUGGCAUCAAGGCUGUGCAAGACCUUGUGGUCCAAACAGAUGAAAGGCUAUCUAAGGCUAUGAUACCGAUCUCCUGUCUUCAUAUCACAGUUCUUGUGACAUACUUGGCAAGUGACGUGGAGGUGAACAAAGCAGUGAGUACAAUUGAAGAAUGCACGAAGCCUGUGCAGGAAAUCCUCCUGGGAGCACAGUUGGCAUUGGGAUUUCACGGGAUUGCAGAUUUCAGAGGAGAAGUGGUAUUUGCACAGUUAGUGCAAAAUGAACAGCUGACCACAUUGGUCCAUAUUGUUGAGACUGUAAGGAAAAGAUUCCAAGCAAAUGGCAUUUUGAUUGGAGAGAGCAGAGCUUUUAAACCUCACUUAACCUUUAUGAAAUUAUCAAGGGCACCAAAGCUACAUCACCAGGGAAUUAAGAAGAUUUCUUCAGAACUAUAUAAAAAUCUAAAAAAUCAUUAUUUUGGUGAUGAGGUUGUGACUUGCCUACAUCUUUGCUCCAUGUUAAAGAAAAAACAACCAAAUGGCUACUAUCACUGCGAGACCUCACUUGCUGUGGGAAGAAAGAAUCAGAAUGAACCUGAUGAGGAGGAACUGAUCAGUCUGAGUAAACGGCUAGUGGAGACCGCUGUGAUUAAGGCUGUACAGCAGUACCUAGAGGAAACACAAUCUAAAGCAAAACUGAACACAAAUGGGCAGAAAAACAGCUCAAAAUGGUUUAAGGACACUGACCCAAACAAUGGAAACAAGAAAUGAAAAAGUUACAUUUUAAAACCGGUGUUUAGUGUGUGCAGAGAGUAUUUUUAUGAGUACACGUGAUCAUUGUCUCAAGUGUUCAGUGCACCAAGGUUGAAAAA